UUUUAGAUACAUCUUAUAGCCCCAUAACUGGUGACGAAUUGUACAAAACAAAGAAAUUGUGUCAUUGCCUGGAAUAGCGAGCCUCGGAUAGCUGAACAUAAACACUAAAAACUGGCACAUAAGGUCCAAUAAUCUGAUAAUGGAACAAGACGUUUUGACUACAUUGAAGAUCUUAAUCAUUGGAGAAAGUGGAGUGGGAAAAUCAAGUUUGUUGUUACGUUUUACAGAUGAUACAUUUGACCCUGAACAAGCAGCAACUAUUGGUGUUGAUUUUAAAGUGAAGACACUGCAAGUUGAAGGAAACCGGGCUAAACUUGCCAUCUGGGAUACAGCAGGACAAGAAAGAUUCAGGACUCUCACGCCAAGUUACUACAGAGGAGCCCAAGGGGUAAUUCUUGUUUAUGAUGUAAGCAGUCGACAGUCCUUUAGUAAACUUGAAACCUGGUUAAGUGAAUUGGAAACAUUUUCUACUAAACAUGACAUCAUAAAAAUGCUGGUGGGAAAUAAAAUUGAUAUGGAUAAAAGAGAAGUGAGUAAAGAGGAUGGAUUAAAGUUUGCCAGAAAACACCAUAUGUUGUUCAUCGAGGCCAGUGCCAAAACUAAAGAAGGUGUACAAUGUGCAUUCGAAGAAUUGGUAGAGAAGAUUAUACAGACGCCAGGACUUUGGGAAUCUGACAGAAGAGGUUUAACAUUAGAACGAGAUGGGAACACACAACCAGCAGCAUGUGGAGGGUACUGCUCAGUCAUAUGAACUAAAACAUUAAACUGUUAUUGAAACCUUUGGUUGUUAUGAUUAAUAUUUUGUAAAAAAAAUCUCAAGGUGCUUUCAUAUUUAUAAAAGAUCGAUUAAGUUUGGUAGACGUUGAAGUGUUACAAUGUUUUUGUUGUUGUAUCUAUUUAAGAUCAUGUAUUAAACUUGAUGUAAAUUAUACGCAUCUGUUAAUUAUGUGUGUUAAAAAUGGGAUGCAUUACAAAUUACAUUUUUAAUUACUUGUUCUACAAGUGUAGUUAAUAAAAACUAUUUCAUACGUAUAGGUGUUUUAAAAUAUUCUAAACAAUAAAUCUUUUAUGAAUUGUUAUACAUUUUGUAUAACACAAUAAUCAGUGGUGUUUAAAUACUAAAAGUGAAGCGAGGAAAAAGUCAUGACAAAUCAUUUGAAUAAAAUAAUAUAGUUCUUCAUAUACUUAAAUUACUUUUAAAAGUGGAUGAUCUACAGUCAUGUAGCUUUGUAUAAAGAUGCACAUUACAAAAGUCAGUCAUUUUGAAAUUCAUUUCAUAUUGGUUGUAUUUCAAAAGCCAUUAUAAGAUACAAAUGACCUACAAAAAUUUAAUAAUUUUUCAUUAGUAAUGACUAAAAACAAAUUGUUUUAAUUCAGUAUACUUGUGUAUAGAAAUAAGUAAUACAUAUACUUGGUAUAUGCAUGAGAUAUUUGCCACUGAAUACUAAUAAAUCAUAGCUGUGUAUUUAAAUUUAUUAGGGGAUGAAGUAAUAACUGCCAGACUCCACAUUCAGGAAGAAAUAUAAAUGAAUUUAAGACCAAUGUGAUAUGUAUUUCAGAUACUAAACCCCCUCCAUAUGAUUUUAACUUGAUUACACUUUCUAAUUUGAAAAUGGGAUUAUUUAUUAAUUAUUGUUAUGCUGAAUUAUGAUUAAUCAGUUGAUUUGUUAAUAUAAUAUUUUAUAUACAUACAAGCAAAGCAUAAUAUUUAUGCACAUUAGAUAUACUGAUAGUUUUGUAGUUCUUUGAUUUAUAGUCCUCUUGUUAGUGAUGGGUUUAAUUAUACAUUUAAAAUACUAUAAAUUCAGAAAUUAUUGCCAAAUUGUUAUCUAUGUGAAUAAAGCUGUGACUGGGUAAGUAUUGCGAUUAUUAAUCUCACAUUUUUUUCUCUCUUUGAAAAUCACAAUAAAAAUACAUGCAAUAUUUUCUGAAUUUAUAUAAACAGUUAUCAUUGUUUUUAAUUUGUUGAUUGUGUAUAUCAUUGUAUAUAUUUUAUUUUGAAUGUUAUGGGCAUAUGUAUAAAUCAAGAAUGUCAUUGUAAAGUUUGAUUGCUGUAUUUGUUAGACUGCAUAUUUUAGAACCCCAUUGAGUGAACCCUUAACCUUUAACUGAGAUUUAGAAAUAAAUAGAUGAAUUGAAGUUCAUGAAAGUCCAAUAUAUUUGGUUUUUAUUGACCACAAGAAAACACAAGUUCCAAAUAGGUGACCUUACACUUUAAGUGGAUAAGUGACUUAUCCAUUGAAAAAUCUGUGCAGCAAGGGCAAAUAGAACAUACACACUUAUACAUUUGCUAUGGUGAUAGAUAACUUAGCAAUACAUUUUGUCAUUUUAUCCUUCAUAUCAUGAAAGCAAUGCGAGAUCAAAAGAUAUUAGCUUUUUAAUACAUUAUAAUUAUGUAGAUCUGUCUCAAAAUUAGUGACCAAGAAGAAAAAGACAGCCAGAGCCAAGUCUGAAUAGCCAAUUUGAAUUAAAGUCUCUGAAAGCAUUUGAUGAAAUGAUAUGAAACUUAAGUGAAUCAAUCACAGCGUUAAAACCAAUUUCAAAAAAGGUACUUUAUCAAAAAUUUGUAAAGGUUUCCCCGGAACCCUGUGUUUCGCCUACUGUUUCUGUUUAUUGCAGGCUCAACAAAAAUGAGGAAAUAAGUUAAUGAAAUAUUCCUGUUGAUACUAUCUUUUGAUUGUAAGAAGCUUCUGAUCUGUUUGGUAAAAAUACAGGAUACUUUAUGAAUCUAAUAAAUGUUUAAAAACUUUAACUGCAGACUGAAUGUAAUGUUAACUGGAAGAAAGAAAAAAUCCUUCUAGAUACAUUUGUACUAGCUUUUGAUCAUAAACAAGCUUCUGUCCAUGUUUGGUACACAUCCAAAAUAUUUAAAGAAAGUUAUUAAAAUUUUAAAAAGUUUAACCAGAGUGAAUGUGUUGUUUCCUGGCAGAAAAUCUAAGUCCAUUUAAAACUAUUAAAAUACGAAAAUAGAGAUUUAUUUUUUUACAAAAUUUCCUUCUAGAUACUAGCUUUUGAUCAUUAACAAGCUUCUGUCUAAAUUUGGUACAAAUCCAAAAUAGUAUAAGAAAGUUAUUAAAAUUUAAAAAAGUAUAACAACAGAGUGAAUGUAAUAUUUCCCAGAAGAAAAACUAAGUCCUUUUAUAAGUAAAAUACGUAAAAAAUGGAAUUUUAUUUUUACAAAAUUUACUUCUGGAUACUAUCUUAUGAUCAUAAACAAGCUUAUGUCCAAGAUUGGUAAAAAUCCAGGAUAGUUUAAGAAAGUUAUUAAAAUUUCAAAAACUUUAACCUCAGAGUCAAUAUUUGUGGACGCCGCCGACAACACAGACGACGAUGGAAUGUAGGAUUGCUUAGUCUUGCUUUUUCAACUAAAGUCUAAGGCUCAACAAAAAUGAUCUUUUGAGCAAUGAGGUGAUUAGCCAAGUGAAACUCUUAGUUGUAUAGUGAACUGUUGCUAUUAUAAAAGGAUAUUAGGAAAUAAAAAAAGGUUGGACUUAAAGCAUGAAUAUUCUUCUACAAGGUACAAGAUUAGGGUUAAUUGUUUGUGCUAUGAACAGCAACAGAAAAAAGAUAUUUUAAGAAAUUAUUGUGAGGCUUUUAUUUACAUGAAAAAUACAAUUUGAUGAGAAUUGCAAAAAUUUUAACUCUAUAUUCUGUACGACAGUGCAAUUAUUAAUGCAAACCAUUAUUUUUGAAUUUGCAGUACAUUUUGUUCUUAUAAAUAUGCUAUAUAUAUAAUGAACUUUUUAUUUGUAUGAUAAUGCAUUUUUUUGUAAAUUUAUUUAAAAAUCUCAUGAGUGGUGAAGAAUUGCUUUAUCUAUAAUGUACGUACACAGGAUCAUAAUAAGAAGGUAUAAAUAAAAAUUUGGAAAAUGCUG